AGAUGGAAGAGCAAACACAAAAAGAAGAGGAUUUUAAAGAAAAGGAGCCCAGUGAUGAUGAGAAACAACAGGAAGUUGCCAGGGAAAGCCUUAAGACAGCUCCAACAGCUGUUCAUAGUUUAAAAUUUAGCCAAAUACAGAAUAUUAGGCAAAUCUCAAUAGAUUCGAUAGAUAUUGACUUUGAUGUUGUGAUUGAUCCACUUGAUGUAAUCCCACCUAACUUUGAUGAUGCUAGGAUUCAUAGAGAUGCGCAGAGAGUUAAAUAAAGUAAACCAAAUUUGGCAAGAUAAAAGAAAGGCAAGGAACAAAUAAAUAUUGCUGUCAAUGCUGAAAACAUCCUACGACUCAUUCAUUCCCUUUGUAUUCUCUUUGAGAUCCAACUAUAAACCUGAAGAUUUUUGGUAGCGGGUUCCCUCUACACUUUUUAUUCAAGAAGUAUAUUGGGUUCAUCUACCUGCUCACCGCUAUCAUUGUUUCGGUAAUCGGCUGAAUUUUAUACUCUUCGCCUGAGAAUGGGGAUGAAUGGUUGGAUUAUGGAGAGAGUACGGCAUUUAUAACAAAAAUAUCUCUUGGAAAUAUUGGGAAAGAAGGAGAUCGGUAUGAGACAGGUGACGUCAACAUCAUGAUUGUCAUAACCACAUUACUUAUCUGCAUUGUCCUGGCCACUUUUGUUGCGAUCAAAUUUAUUGAAAAAGGAAGUAUCAACAAACUCAUGAAAGAAGUCAUCUCGUCAUAUGACUUCACAGUCAUGAUCUCCAAUAUUCCAAAGGAGAUGACUAAAAAAGAUGUUAAACAGUUCGUGUUGAGUCAUAUUGAUGCUGAUGAAAAUGAGAUCAAGGAUAUCAUCUUUUGUUACUAUAUUGAGAAGGAAGUUCAAGAGAUGGAAGAAGCUAUUUCCCUCCGAAAGAAAUUUCAGAAUUUUGAAUUUUUCAAUAAAGAUAAUUCAGAGAGUAUUAUUAAGGAUGAAUUGGUGAUUGACUUGAAGAGGAAGCAUAAAGCUGUUAGGGACGCUCGAAAGAGAAUACUUAAUGGAGACCCAGAGGAGAAAUUUACAGGCAAAGCAUUUGUCAUAUUGAACAAUCAAAAAUAUGUUGACGUGCUGAUCAAUAAAUUCAAAAGAACUCGAUUGAAAAGGAUAUUAACCCAUAUUGCAUUUCAGUGGCUGAAGCUUAGUAAGAAAAAGUACCAAGAUGACAAAUGGUGGCAAGGCAAAAGAGUUGAUAUGGAGAGAGCAACAGAGCCUACUAAUAUAUACUGGGAGAACAUGGCGAUACAGCCAAAUGAUAGAUUUUGGAGAACUCUUGCAACUUAUGGAGCUGCUUGUUUAUGUUUAUUAGUAGUAUUCUUUUUGAAUGUAGGAAUUUCAGUGAUUCAAAAUAAUAUCAAUGAAGAUCUCGAUAAGAAAGACAACAAGUCUUUUUCAUACAUCUUCCUUACCUCUCUUUCCUUCCUUUCUUCAAUUCUCAUAGCUGCCAAUAACACAAUUUUGUACCAUGUAAUCAUGUAUAUUUCAAAGUUUGAACGCCACCAAACUCACGUAAAGUAUUAUGCUGCUGUCUCUUUCAAACUGACUAUCUGCAUGGUGAUCAACUCAGGGGUGAUUCCUCUCGUUGUUAACCCAGGAAAGAAGAACUGGUUCAACCCGGGAGGGCUUGCUGUUGACAUGUUCUUCAUCGUAUUCGCACUUAGUUUCAUUUCACCAACUGUAUGUCUCUUUGACCCACUUCAUUAUUGGAAGAGAUUCAGGUUCUGGUGGGAGGAAAGAAAGGGUGAGAAAUCUAGGAUGACACAAAGAGAAGCUAAUGAACUUGCUGAAGGAAUUGAAUGGGAGGUUCCUUAUUAUUAUGGACUCUCUAUGUCCAAAUUGAUAAUCACCUUCUUUUAUACACCCUGAAUUCCAAUUUUACCAUUUGUUUCCCUUCUUGGGACUAUUUAUAUGUAUUGGGUUGAGAAAUAUCUUUUGCUAAGGAUCAAUAAAUUUCCAAGAGAAAUGGGAACCUUCCUUGCUUUGACAUUCAUUAACGUGGUACCAUUCACCUUAUUUUCAUUUGCUCUUGGUCAAUUUACGUUUGUCAUAACUCUAUCUUGGUGCUCCAGCCUGUGAUCUACAUAAUAGAAAAGCGUACUAAAAUAAAGAGGAACCCUGAAGACACUUAUGAAAAAUACAGUGAUAAAUUCCUUUUUGAUUAUUGUAAUUCUAACCCUAUUACGUCUAAACACGUUAUUGAGAACCAUAUUGCUUCUUUGAAGACGACUAAUUUUACAUUGAGGCCUAGUCCCACUCAGCGUGCAUCAUCAGAACAGCAGGUUUACCUAGGCUAUAGCUGUAUUAACCUGCACGCACUUCCUGGCUUUACUGCUGUAGAGAGAGUCACAGAGAAAGCAAAAGAAUUCCAAGGAAGUGACAGUUUGAGUGAAGAAGAUGAGAGCAACCAAGCUGAAGAUGGAGACGAAGGAGAUGAAGAAGAUGAAGAGGAGGAUAUGGAAGAAUCUCUAUAAACUUUUG